UUGCAAACAAUUUAAAUUGGGAAUAUGGAGAAGUUGUCACUGCAAUGUCCAAGUUGGGGAUCUCAUGGGGUAAAAAUUUGAAUCAGCUUUAACCUUUUCUUCUUUAAAUUUACUAGCAGGUCACUAGGAAUAAAGGGAAUGGUCACCAUCUGAAAAUCUAAGCUCUUGAUUGUUAAACAAAUUCUCUUUGUCAGCACCUCAGGAAAUGCAAAGAGAACAAUAAGGACAAUAUGCUUACUAUGCUUACAGUACUUGUAAAAGGUUUAACAAUUUCUUUUUUGUUGUUUAUAGGAAUGUUAGGUAUUCUUUGGUUCAUUAUUUGGAUGAUCUUUGCUCAUGAAAAACCAGCAAAUCACCCCAGAAUAUCUAAGAUCGAGAGAGAUUACAUUAUAUCAAGUAUAGGUUCUGGACAGGACAACAAGAAAAGAAAUUAUGGCAUCCCUUGGUGUCAUAUAUGGACAUCACCAGCUGUUUGGGCCAUCAUUGUGGCACACUUUUGUACCAAUUGGGGUUUUUAUACUUUUCUUACCUGCUUGCCCUCUUACUUUAAAGAAAUUCUAAAUUUUUCAAUUUCUAAGAAUGGUUUUGUUUCUGCCAUUCCCUUUUUAUUAUCUUAUUUUGUUUUGGUUGGCGGGGGACAAGUGGCAGAUUGGUUGCGUUACAACAAAAUAUUAACAACUGGAGAGGUUCGCAAAAUAUUUGGUACUGGAGGUUUUCUCAUUUCAGCAUGUCUUCUGGUAUCAACAAGUUAUGUUGGUUGUGAUGGCACAACUCUAGCUGUUGUUUUGUUUUCACUUGCUCUUGGAGUGUUAGCACUUAACACAUCUAGCUUUGAAAUCAAUCACUUGGAUAUUGCCCCAAGAUAUGCUGGGGUCCUCAUGGGAAUCACCAACACAGCAGCAACAAUUCCUGGGAUGGUUGGACCCUACGUGGUUGGUUAUUUAACCAACAAUGAGGUAUCAUACUUUGAUUUCAAUUUUUUUGUUCGUUUUUCGCAAAUGAAUGCAUAUUUCUAUUCAUUAACCCUUGAAACUCUAAGAGUGACAUUUAAUUUUCUUUUUUAAUAUCAUUUCACUUAUUUCUUACAACUGUAUCUAGUAAUACUGCUGAAUCA